AUGCUAGGUGGUGUCACGAGCCGUGUCGGGACCACCCCGGGCAUAACCGAGUUCACGUCAAGUUUCAACUAUGGAGAACGGACGAAGGGGUUUGUUCUUUUUAGGGAGCGCCACGGCUAUGAUCUGGCUGUGUGUCGCUACAUCAGGGGUGGUAACUGCAAGCGUUAUGUCAUUUCCAGCAGAAACCGUCAGUCCAAAAGAUAUACCAAAAGGUCGUCGCCUGCAAUAUCCAUUCCCUGCGACAGCAAUGAUGGGUCUUUCAACUUCAGUCCGUUAUCGGGAGGCAGCCCCCUAAACGUGGCAUCGCUUGACAACAUACAAGUGCAGGACGAUCCUCUAGCGCAAGCCUUAGAAGAUGCAAAGCUUAUAGGAGAACUAGUUGACCAGGCAAAGAAUAGGAGAUCCGAUCUCGCUGGCACUGUGGACGAAUUCAUAGUGCGAGGGCAGAAUCUGACCGCGCAGCUCAAACAGGCACUGAAAUCCUGGGAUCAUGCAAGCGUGAAACGAACCGAAAAAGCAUUUCGCCACGAGUACGCCAAUUUGAGAAAGGUGUACGCGUCUGUCAUGAACGUGCAACAGGAGAUGCAAAGGGACCUUAAUCGUGGAAAAGAGCUGUUGGCACAUUUAGGAACGACUGCGAAAAAGUUGCUUGAUAAUGAGACGCUCAAGAAGGUACUGAGAAUGUAUGGUACUCAGUUACAGAAUGAGGUGAUGGCUUCAGAGCGCGAACGUGGGUCGACUGAGGCCUUUAUUUCGCAGUCCAAUGAAGUUAUGAAUCAGUUGCAGAAAGAGUUCUAUGAUGGCAUGGCUAGCCUGGAAAAGCACAAGGAAAUCUUGCAGAAGAUCGAAGCUUUGGGUAGUCAAGUGCUUGAUAUAGAUCAUGUGCGAGAGCAGAUGCAGACUAUAUUGACGAUUGCCAAGGAGAUAAAAGCGCGUUCAGCUGAUGCCGAGAAAGACUCUAAGCGUGGGCUCGUCAGAGUCGAUGCUCUGUCGCAUGCGUGUACUCGUUCUGAAAUGGAGACUAAGACUGCGUCUAAUCGGCUUCAGGAGAUAAAAACGACACUACUGCGGAAGCUUGACGAUUUGGAAAACCAGUUGAAGGGCGCUCACAGUUCGCAGGGAGUUCGAGUAGCAAGAGAAGCUCUCGAAGCGAUGCGCGGCCGUAUCCAACAGUCUGCCGAUUCAGCGGCUGCGAUCGGUCAAGAAUGCAACACAACGGUGGACGAAGCGAGGGCGCAUCUGUCUCGUUGCAAAAAGAGGAAUGCAGAACGGAUUAGAACGAAGAUCAGUGAGGCGCAGUGGCUCCUACAGCGUACGAAUAGCUUGGUGGGGCAGUCUCAAAGCGACAGCCUCGGAAGGCUAGAGCGGCAGCUUGAAGAGUCCACGACGCAGCUGAAGGAACUGGCGCCUAUGGUCGACAACAACUUCGAGGAUUUCCCUCGCAUUUCAGCUGUGGCGCUCGCUGCAGAGAGGGCGGCUGCCGCUCUUGCAGAUUUUGAGAAGAAUUUCAAGGCGUCUGCAGCCCAACUUCAAGAGGCACACCAGCUGAUGCUGCGGGAACUGGAGGAGCUGCAAAACGCGUGUGACGCUCCACAAAGCCGACUGCAGAUUGGGUCAGUGGUAACAGAAUUGAAAAGGAGUUUUAGUAGCAUUGACAGUUUCUCAGAGAGAGUGAGUUCGCCUGAGAUCAGGAACGACUUCAAACUGUCGUUGCUGGCUUUUCUUCGCCGGCCAUUAUCAUCAGCCGCUGGCAACAUUGAUGAUGCAAAAAGACAAGAGGCGCUUGUGACGGAUCUCAGCAAAAGGAUGUCUGAAGAGGUAGCGGCGUACCGCCGCGUUAUUGAAGACACAGAAGCCGAGGCGGAGAAAGUGUUACGUAAGCAUAAACAAAAAGGAUCUCAUAACGGAGCGAAUGCGUUGCCGGAAGAUCCGGCGGUUUGGAACGAGGUCCUGCAACUUCGCAGGAAACAGAUUCAAGCGGUAAAUCGUCUGACAACGAAUGCUGAGGCAGCGAAAGUUAAAUCUGAUAUCGGUGUUGCGGAGAUGGAAAAGGAAAUUGGGGAUACGCGGCGGAUGAUUGAAGCAUUACGAGAAUGUCUUGCUAAUAAGGGCGUCGUCGCUGCUAUCGACGAGAUUGGGAGACCAGGGACACAAGGGAAGAACAGUACAGAACUUCUCCAUGAGGCUGAACUGCUAGAGAAAAAAGCCGACCAACUACAGAUUCAGGUACAGAGAAGUAAGGAUGCGGUUAGUGAGCGAGAGAAGCUUCUUGAUGCAGAAAGGAAGAAACUACUGGAAACCGGUAGUGAAUUCAUCCCGCAUUUUCUGCAAUUGCUCAAAAAGGCUGUGGACGAGGCACUCAAGGAAGGAACUCAGUUGGAGGCGAUGGUGGUCCAUGUCGAGCGCCUGGCGCACAAUUCCAAGGCGAGACGAGCGGAGGAUGUUUUGAUCCCGCCUCCCACCGAUGGAAGCGUCACAAACGAGGAAGCGGCUGCAGAAGCGGAAAUGGACGCUGACUCAUUUUUCCGUGCGGCAUCUACGCAGAACGACAAGCUCCAAGGAAAACUAAAAGAAUACCACAAUCGGCUGUCUGUUCGACACAGUGAUGUAGAUGAGGCGAAAGCGCUGCUCCAGGCCCUCUUGCCACAAUCGCGCGAAGUCGAUCAGAGACAAAGUUCUGGAAGACGGCUGUCUUCUUCGAAAAUUUUGACAGAGCAACAAUUGGGAGAAUAUAGUCAAGAUCUGGUCAUUCUUGAGGAGAUAUUGACAAAGGAGGAGCAGAAGAUAAGAGACAUAGCAGAGAGAGGUAGGAAAGCUAUCGCGGACGCUGCUCGCGCGGCAGCGGCAGACACACAUCCAGAAAACGAACAGCCCCCGCAAGAAGCCAACAAAGAUAGCGGGCCGAGCCAAGGGCUUCUUCUAGGCAUUGGUUUGGGGAUUGGGAUUCCUCUCGCAAUCGCCAGCAUUGCUAUGUGGAGGUGCUACGGACGGAAAAAGAAACCAGGAGUCGGGUCGUCAAUUGCCCCGAGCGAGGACCGAGCCACAAGCGCCGAAAGCGGGGGUUCUGACACGUCCCGUCGUGCCCGCUCGACAGGCCCGGACCAUCUGGAGAGCAUAAGGAUAUCUACGUUAGAAUUUGGAGAUCUCGAAACAGCGUUUUCCGGCGUUGAACAUCCUGAGAUAGCGGGCAUUGUAGCUCGUGAGACGUUGCCGACUCCCCCGGCAGGGGAACCAGAUACAACGCACAUGCAGUAUAUGAUUGACGAUCAUUAUACGGUUGCUCGCAACAUAAGCAAAGAAGUGGAACACAAAUUCGAUUUCGAAGGCUUCCCUACAGCUGUUGUCCGCGAGCAGCGGCCGCAGUCGGAGUAG